UUUAUUUUUAAAUUUAUUAUGCAUAGGUGGAUUAUCAGUAGAUCGUUGUAUAUUUUAAAAUCGUCCGUGCACUCUUGUAUCUUUUCUUAUUAAAACCGAUACAGUCAAUUUUGUUAUACUUACAGGUUAUUGUACAAUAUUUUUCAAAGUUCUCUAGGUUACAUAAACGCUUAAGUAUUCAAGAGUUGAAAAUAGACUGCAACGAAAAAGUAUUUCUAAUCGUUCGAUUGACAUUUAUUUAAUUAUAUUUUAAAUACGGUGUAAAGUGAAUUUAAUAAAAAUGGAUGACAUAAGAACGGAAUUGCUAAAUAAAAUAAAAGCUGCAGGCAGAGGUAAUGAGAUGACAUUUAAAUUUAAAUUAAUGGAAACCGAUGAAUUGAGAGUUGUGAUGGCUCUAAGUAUGAUGGAGAUGUUUGGCAUGGUUCCAAAAGCUACGUGUGCAACGAAAAAUCACAAGACGUCAAUCAAAUUGAAAAAUGAGGCCAAUAGAAUCUUUGUAUCAAGUAAGGAUAACGUUGAUGAUUUCAUUAAAGCUUGGGAAACAUACUCUAAGAGCAUAGCAGCUGCUCCUAAUAAAUCUGAAGAGCUGUCUCUGGCUUAUGCCAAUAGAUCAGCCGUUUUACUGAGACUACAUCGAUAUGCAGAGUGCAUUGAGGAUAUAAAUAGAGCUCUGGAGUUGAAUUAUCCAAAUAAAUUGAGAGGAAAGCUUUUGUUCAGAAAAAUAGAGUGUCUUGGUGCAUCUGAAAAUUCUAAUGAUGUUUGUAAAGUACUGGAUGAAGCAACAAGUUGGUUGGAAAACAUCACUUUAGAAGAUGAUGAAAAACAAAAAUACAAAGUAAAAUUAGAUUGUGCCAAAAAUUCGAAUUUUACAGAAAGUCCUAAGAGCAAGAUGACAAAAAAUAUUCCAAAAAUUGAUCAUCAUCCAAAAAUACCAUGUGCCUCGGAAGCAUUAGCCCUUAAAUAUAAUGAUAAAUUUGGCAGGCACAUCGUGACUACCCGUAAAAUUCAAGCAGGGGAAAUUUUGGUAGUAGAAAAGCCCUAUGCCAAAAUUUUAAUGCCAGAAGAAGCUUACACACAUUGUUCACACUGCUUGCAACUCCAUUGGGCUUUAAUUCCUUGUGAAACUUGUACUAAUGCCAUGUAUUGCUCUAAAAAGUGUAAAAGUGAAGCAUGGAAGCAAUAUCACGAUAUUGAAUGUCCAAUCACUGGUUAUUUGUUAACUUUGGGUUAUAAUAAACGCAGCUUAUUCAGUAUGAGGCUAGCUAUUUUAGCUUUAAGAGAAGUAGGAAGUUUAAAAAAACUAAAAUUUUUGGCAGAAUUUGCUGACUCACAAAAAGGGUUUGCUGAAGAUGGUAUAUACCACAGUGAAAAAUAUUGUGCUUUGCAUACUUUGGUAACUAAUGUAGAUAAGCGAUCUGUAUUUGAUCUCUUUGAAAGGGCUCUGAAUGCUGCUUUCAUUCUAUUUUAUUUAUACACUAAAACAACAUUAUUUGGGAAACAAUUUUCACCUUCAUUGAAUGACCUGGCUAUGAAUGAUGAUAUUACAUAUUUUGGAGGUAUAAUAAUGCGUCAAAUGCAAAUUAUCCCCAGCAAUAUUCACAGUUAUGAAGAAGAGCGCAGAGUAGAAACUGUAGAUAUAGGGGCAGCUGCUUUACCGUUUUGCAGCCUUAUAAAUCAUAGCUGUGAUCCAAAUGUAUCUAGAUGUUCCUCUGGAGACUAUAUGAUUGUUUUUGCUAUUAUUCCUAUAGAUAAAGGUGCCCAAAUUUAUGAUAAUUACGGUAUUCAUUAUGCUGUAAUGGAUAAGUACGAAAGAAGAGAAAAAUUGAAACAGUUUUACUUUGAAUGUGAAUGUACAGCUUGCAAAAAAGACUGGCCUACUUAUGAAAAGCUAACAUCUUUCAAUAUAAUGUCAAUUAGUAAUGAUAAGAAGAAAAAAAUAGCAAAGCUUUUGGAAAAUUUUAAUGAUUACGUUGAUUAUGCAACCGAAGAUGAAAUCGAAGACAAACCUUAUUUAUUGAUAGAAUUACCGAAGAUAAUAAGUAACCUAUUGAAAUAUGUGCCACUGCCUUGCUGUGAAGUUAACAAUGCCGUGGAAACUUUUAAAAGAGUGUUUGCUUUAACAUAUGGAAAUAAAUUCGAAUUUCCAAAAUUAAGGUAAUGAAUGAAAAUUUUCAUAGAAUAUAUUAUAUUUCAGAGCUGUAUACGAAAGAUUAUAUUAAAAGUUAUCUAAUUUUUAUA